GGAACUUCUUUCAACCCGUGACCCUGAUCGUCCUCCUUGGCAGUCACAUAUCCCAAAUUGAGAGUGGCCCUUACAGAGUACAUUCAUGCCCCCAAGCGACAUGUUAAUCUAUAUCCCUGCCGCUCGCUUCGCAAACCAGGUUACCGCUCCUGGCUGCCCAUGAAUCGAAUGCGGUCUUUCUCGAGUGAAGAUGACACGCAGCAGCCCUUUGUCGCUCUCCAAUCCCACGAGCCAGCAGCAUGCGUUCCCUCAUCCAGCUACUAGGCGCGACGGCGCUAUUCAUUGCAAAGACUCGGGCAGACGAGAGUAUAGUGCAUGACGGGCAGCUGGCGACACCAGGCCUGGUCAUUGUCAACGCACCACAGCCCAAGACGCCUUUAGGGGGUGACACGCUGCACAUCUCCCUCGACGUCACCGCCAACGGUCAUCUCCCCCUCAAUCUCGAAGACGACAGUCCUACGCGCAUUCACAACAUUUCUAUCUUCUUGUCCAGCUAUUCUCUCGGCAACAACUUCACCGUGACCAAUGGCACAGCGGGCCGAGACGAGGCCAGCCUCGGAAACAUUCUAGAGCAGGAGCCUGGAAGCACAGUGAAGCACGUCAACUGGGUUUGGCCAGACUGCCUUGUCGGCGAUGGUGGUAGCGACGGUGAUCGUGGGAACUACAACAUCUCCAUCCGCCAGUACUUUCGCCUCAACGACGAGGACCACUAUACAAUCUACGACCUGCCGAUCGCCGUGACCAACGGUAUCCCCGAAGAUGAUGAUCGUCCAUCGUGCGAGUCGCUGAUGAACGAGCUGUUGUCGCCAGAGGAGAUUGAUGCGGAGGAUGCGAACAAGGUCGGUUUCUUCCUGGAUCCUGACAGCGACAUUGAGCUCGAUUAUGACGAGCUCGAAGACGAAAGUUCGAUGCUGGCGCUCAGUUGGGUCAUGCUCGGUGCGGUCUUCGUUCUCGCUAUUGCAUAGUCGGACCACUGUCGUGCUUGUCGUACGGAGGGAACAUUGUUGGGUCUUGGCUGUUCCAGAGUCCGCCUUCACGUGUAUUGUAUCGGAACCAAGACAAGGCCGACAACGCGCGACUGACAGCUUGAUGCAAGUUCAUGCGGGAAGCGGUGAGAUUUGUUGCUAGGUUGGUUCGGAACUUCGGUUCAACGCCUUUCAGGCCAAAAAGUGGCAGAAAGCUUCUCGGGGCAGUCGCCCAAAUAGGUAUUCAAAUCGGCUCCACCACAGCUCGAUCUGCGUCAAUGCAACACGGGUAGGCACCCGUUCAAGGUUCACGUGUCUUUCUCCCCAGUUCAUUCGCAUGUCAGUUUCUUGACUAUCAAGGGCGAACACAGCAGAGGGCAGUUGUUGACCACAAAUGAUCAGUGAGCCAGCGGCUCCGUGGCUCUUCAUCGUGACCAGUCGACAGCGACGCGACCUGGCCA